GGCCAUCGUAUCUUCCCAAACAUUCUGGAUAAAGCAGUCAUGACCACUAAAAAGCUCAUAAACUCGGUGGACCGGUGCGUGGACGACGCUCUCUUUGGAUUGGUCAGUAUCAACACCGGCCUCCGUAUCUUGCAAGGUCAGAAGAUCGUGGUCAGGGAGGAUAUUGAUGAGGUGAUAAAGGCGGGAAAGGUGACGCUGCUGUGUGGCGGGGGGUCGGGCCACGAGCCAGCUCAGGCAGGCUAUGUAGGCCCGGGCAUGCUUUCAAUAGCAGUUGCUGGGGCUGUGUUUGCCUCUCCUCCCCCAAGCAACAUUCUGAUGGCCUUGAGACACGUCACCAAAACUGACUCGGCUGGAUGUGUAGUCAUCAUUACAAACUACACCGGGGAUCGCUUGAACUUUGGAUUAGCAAUAGAACGCGCAAGACAGGAAGGCCUUAAGGUGGACUCCAUAACCAUUGGUGAAGAUUGUGCUCUGACGUCAUCCGACAGAUCAGCGGGAAGAAGAGGACUUGCUGGGACCGUCCUCCUUAACAAGAUAUGUGGUGCGCUCGCAGAGGAAGGGAACAGUUUAGAAGAAAUCGUGGAGUUUGGAAAACGGGUUACAGAAAAAAUGGGAACAUUGGGGGUUAGCUUAACUCCGUGCAGUGUACCUGGGUCUGGACCCACGUUCAGUCUUGGGGAAGAUGAAAUGGAACUUGGUUUAGGUUUACAUGGCGAAGCUGGUGUGGGAAGAACAAAGAUAAGACCAGCGAAUGAGGUGGUGAAGAUGAUGCUAGACCACAUGACAAAUACUGGCAACGGGACUCACAUUAAGAUUGAAAAGGGAGACAAAGUUGCUUGUUUGGUGAAUAACUUGGGAGGGUUGUCCCUGCUGGAGAUGAACAUUGUAGCUGGGGAGGUUAUCUCACAAUUAGAGCAGAGGGGUGUAGCUGUGGAGAGGGCCUAUUGUGGUUCCUUUAUGACGUCACUGGAAAUGGCUGGUCUCUCAGUAACAAUUCUCCCUCUUGAUGACACCAUCAAACGGUGUCUAGAUGCCAAGGUGACCGUUCCUGCUUGGUCCGGCCCGGUACUGUGUCGAGGGAAAUCUGACAGAGAAACCCCGGUAUACAUUCCCGUAAAGGAAAAAGACAACAUUCAUAAAUCUGGCGAUUUCACAAGAACAUCUCCAGAGACUGCAGACAUGUUGUAUGAGAUGAUAAAGCUGUCCAUGGAGAGACUGAUAGCAGCAGAGACUGAACUCAACACCCUGGACAAGGAGAGUGGGGACGGGGACUGUGGGUCAACCCUGGCCAGGGGGGCCAAAGAAAUACUGAAGGAACUUGGGAAAAAGGAUAAACCAAAUAUACCCGUACACACCCCAGCAGAUCUAGUUUUAUCUAUAGCUAAGAUAGUGGAGCAAUCAAUGGGAGGAUCCUCGGGAGCGCUGUAUAGUCUGUUCUUAACUUCCGCCUCACGUGCCUUGCAAAAUGACGUUACAAAGUCGGGAUGGGAGAGAGCACUAAAUGAGGGAACGUCCACCGUAAUAAGAUAUGGCGGAGCUCAGCCUGGAGACAGAACCAUGGUAGAUGCGCUGUUUGCCGCGUCUUCGGCAAUUAGUAGUACCCGGGAUUCCUCUUGUCCCUUCACUAUCAUUGAGUCGGCAGUUCAGUCUGCAGACUCCGCGGCUAAGGCCACAGCUUCCAUGAAAGCCCAUGCCGGCAGAGCCAGUUAUGUUAGCGCAGAAAGGUUAAAGAACCCCGACCCUGGGGCCGUGGCAGUGACAAUAUGGUUAAAAGCAAUACUCGAGGUUCUCCAAAAAGCGCAAAGUGGUCACUGUUGAAUAUAAAUUCGAAGAUACUAUGAAUCCAGGAAAUUCUACCUUCUAUACUUCUAGUACUCAAGACCUUAUACAUUAAAAAAAAUGUAUUAAUUAAGCGCGAAUAUACCUUUAUCUUAUUAAUAUUUUGGAGUGAAUUAAAUAUGAAAUUGAUACUGAUUUUACAAGAAGAGAAAUCUUUAACGCUAUUGAUUUAACAAAAUCAUAGCAGAAUUAUCAGUGCUGUGUGUUUUAUUUUGUCUUUAGUUUAUCAUUAUUUUUUUCUUUAAAUUAUUUUAGUGUUGAAAUCAUACAUAUAUUUGGGAUUAAUUGUACAUUGUUAUUUCAUUUGAUUUGAAGAUGUUUUAUUAUGUAAAUAAAUUACAUACAUGGAUGAGACAGCAGCCAUUGCAUAUGUUAGCCUUCUCCAUAAAGACAUUGAUAUUUGAACUCCGUAUGAGUAUGUGUAUGUGUCAAUUAAUAAAUGAAUAAAUAAAUUUAAUUCAU